AUGAAUGCUGACAUGGAAGAUCUCAAAAGGAAGUACGAAGAGCUAACUCGCAAGCUGAUUGCUAAAGAAGAGAAAAGCCCUGGAGGAGAGCUUAUGGACAACACCGACCUGCCUUUUACCGAUCGAGUAUUGAGUUUUCCUUUGCCCGACAACUUCAAAAUGCCUCGUGUCAAGGAGUUUGACGAAUCUUUCCCCUUCACCUUAGAAGGAGUUGCUCAGGAUUGGUUCGCCAGAUUGCCUGCCAAAUCGGUGGAUAAUUUCAAAACACUUGGACGCCUCUUUUUGAGUCAAUUCCUGGCAACCCGGAAGAGGAAGAAACACUCCGCUUGUUUACUAUCCCUUCGUCAGGGAAAUGAGGAGAGCCUGAAGGAUUUCAUGCUCAGGUUUAAUAAAGAAAAGCUGCUGGUGGAAAAUCCAGGUGAUCAAAUGGUGUUAUCCGCAUUAUGGCACGGAGUUCGGCCGAAUGGGCCUCUAAUGACCGAAGUAUCAAAGCGUUCGACAAAGAUAACUCUUCGCGAGUUUAUCAAGAAGACAGAGGAGUAUAUCAAUCAAGAGGAAAUGAUUAAGGCUCUAACAAAAGGUCAGGAGGAAGAAGACGGAGAAAAGGAGGAUGCCAAAAAUGAGCUACUUGCAACGUCUACUCCAAAGGAAGGGAAAUUCCUGAAGAAAGUAGCAAAGAAGACUGUCCCAACCUUUCCAAAGAUAGAAGCCCAAAGACGCAAAGAUCGAAGGUUUACACCUUUGAAUACCGGAGUCAAUGAAGUGUUUAUGGAAAUUAGAAGAGACCCAGCCUUCAGGUGGCCGAAUAAGUUAAAAGGUGAUUCGAGGAAGCGAGAUCGAACGAAGUUCUGCGAAUACCAUAAUGAUCAUGGGCAUUUGACAGAAGAUUGUAUAACCCUACGAUAG